AUGAUUAAUGUGUUCAGGGCAUCUGACGAGACUUGUGAAUCGAAACAAAAGUUUAAUUCAACCGGAUCACGCACCUACAGAGCAGCGGCAGGUACCUGGGCAAUACAAUAUAGAAGAGGUUUUGCGGCUGGGUUGUAUGGUAGAGACAAUGUUCGCUUCGCUCCAAUAGGAUAUUAUCAGCUAGAGAUCGAGAAUAUCUGGUUUGGUCGAGCAACAAUGGUUAGUGACGCGUUCAAAGGUCUCGAAAUGGAUGGAAUUCUUGGUCUGGGAUUUUGGUCGACCGCUACCGGAAGAAUUAUGCCACCGAUGGGUAAUGCCUGGAGACAACAUCUGCUCGAUGAGCCU